GAAACAACGGCGGGCGACUUCGAAAGGAUUUGACGUUUUUACUCUGACAUCCACUGACUAGUGUAUUUCAACUCAAACGUUCAUCUAACUUGCUGACCAGAUACAUAUAAAUCAUACUGAACCGGUUAUCACCAUCAAACAACUCCUACAAAUGAAUUUUUUAACAUACAUAUUUGUCUACUUGUUUCAGUAUAUUUCUCGAUUAGUAACAGGGAGGUGUGAACUAAGUCGCAUAAUUGCUGAUUGUCCGAAAGGAGCACCCAGAACUGUCAGAAUAGAAAACUCGCUGAGGAAUUCAAAAAAUAAAUCUAUUCAAAAUGGAUUGCUUUUGGGAAAAUGUACAGAUGCUAAGUCACAUGUGCAGCUUGUCAUUAGUGCUAAGCGUAUCGAUCUAAAAGAUCAACCAAAGUAUUAUCAUAUACACAAACUUAUGCCAGUUUUCCUACCGAUUAUUUGUACUGCAUCAGUCAAAUCAACUCUUAUCGGGAACUAAUAAAUACAUUGGAUGCCUCGAAGUGUACUGCGUUUAAUUCAGAUGAUCACUAUCACUCCGAAUUACUUUCAAGGUUAUGGAUUUGUCUUGAUUCUCAAAACGAAUUGUCAUCCCGUAAUGGAGAGAAAUGGACUCUUCUUGGAUUUCAGACGGAGAACCCCGAGACGGAUUUCCGCGGAAUGGGUAUACUGUCUCUUGAAAAUCUUGUGUACUUCGCAGAAUCACACACAAAAUUAGCGCGAAGUAUGUUAUCGGCAUCACAUCGUCCUAACAAAUGGUAUCCAUUUGCUGUAACUGGUAUCCACUUGACGAAGUUGUCGUACAACUUAAUGCUGAAGGGUUAUCUAAAAUAUCAAUUCUAUAAUAUGUCUUCAUCAGCCAGCAUACAAGACUUCAACGAGUUUUACUGUAGGUGCUACCAUUUUAGUUUUCGUAAUUUCCCUACAUUUAUUUGUUUAUUUAUUUGAACACAUAAAUAUUGGUACAAGCAAGAGGGCACCAAAUACAUAUGCGCCACAAAAAACAAUGAGAAUUCGAAGAGAAAAAAGGUUAGGAGCGUGAAAAAAAGAACAAUAACGACUACAGAUCAGUGUAAGGUAGUGUAAUAAUAAUAGUAAUAAUGGGGGAAAUGGAAAAGUACAAUCGGAAGAAUUCUUUCAGUUAAGGAAGAAACAACCAUUUUUUAUGAAGAAAGUAAAAGAAAGUUACAGCAGGAUUGCCACUGGCUUCUAUUCUGAGCCAUAUCUGAUAACGUCUCUAGCCACUGCGUCGCACCAUCUCUCGGACCUUAGCCAGGGAGUCGAGAAGGACUAACACAAGCCAGUCUUUUGCAGCUCUUCUUCAUCCCACGACACCAUGUCAUACACUGACCACCUCUCCGCUUCUUCCAGCCAGACCCAGAGUUAGCAAACAAUGCACGACGUGGAAUUCUCUGGGAAGACAUUCGUAGAACGUGUCCAAGCCACCGAAGUCGGUGUUUCAAGAUGGUGACACCAACUGGAUUAUCAUCUCUGUGCCCGAACACACGAUGCCGAACCUCCGCAUUACUAACAUGGUGUUGCCAAUGGAUGUCAGCAAUCCUUCGGAGACAGCGAUGAUCGAACACAGAGAGUCGUCUAACAUCCUCAAUUUCCUUAUGAGAAGAAUGGUAGUCACUCCUAAAAUAUCUAAGUACAAAGGCAACCAUGUACUUAACGUAGCACAAAGUACUGCAACCUAUUAAUAAAGCUAUACAUUUUAUUCUUUCCACAAAUUCUGGACGAAACACCCUCGUGAUAUAAUGCAAUUCAACAAAUAUUGUGACGAUUUCGCGAAUAAAUUGAAAUGUCUUUUAUUGGAUGUAAACUGUAGAUUAUGUUUACCGGAAGAUAAAAUUUAAAUGGUUCAUGCGUAGCUAUUUUCCCGGCAUUAGUAAGUAAACCACAAGUUAUACGGGGAACUACAUGUAAUUAAUGUGGUGCUAACUAUAGUUAAUUGUACCACAAUAUUUGUAAUAUUCACAAGCGUGAUAUAUGCUAUUUUCUUUUCAAUAUUUUAGUAUAAUGAUACUUUGUAAUCCUUUAAAAUGUGAAAUCGACGAAAUGAAAUCUGUAUUUAUUCUGCUCCCAUUUCCGUUCCUGUUUUAUUCGAAGGCAUAAUGAAAUCCGGUUAUCCGAAAGCUUACAGUUACAUCUGUUAAGUAUUGUCUUUCUUCCUUCAAUAGCUAAUAUUUUAUGUUUAUUUCUGUUCAUAUUGAUAAAGCACAUUUUAUUUUCUAACUUUUAUGAGUUGUUUUAAAUGCUUAAAACAGAGUUGCUACCCAUUUUCGACUAGUAAAUACAAGUGAACAAGAAGCUACAUAAUUAGGAAUCACAGUGCACUCAGUCUAGAAGACCGAUUGGCUAUUUAAGCUUUCACUGACCACAGCUCCGAUGUUGAAAAAAAGCGAGUUUUAUAGAAGGUCCAAUAAGCUUCAAAAAGCUAAGCUCUCUGACAGAUCAAUCAUAGAAUGGAUGGCAAGACUAUAAUUUAUGGACGGACAAAUGAGAUUUAGAAUAACAGGUCUUGGAUUUCAGCGCGACAUCCAUUUAGCUCGAAAGCGUUUUGGCAUUUAAGCUGAUGUCAGUUCUGGAUGAAAACCCUAAGUCUAGUUCUUAACCCUCACUAUCAACUGUCAAUCAUAAUCUUAAUUCCCCACACUGGCCUAUAACCCCCACUCAGCCCUAUUAAAUAAGUGAACGUCCUCAAUGUGACUUUAGUGUCGUUCAUCAAUUAUAGUUUCACUGAAUAGGGUUUUCACGUCCAAGUAGAAAAUGAAAACCAAGUUGAGCAACAAUUGGGCGAGUUCAUCAGUGAGGGCCCAAGAAAUGGACAGAAGUGACCAUCUGUUCCAACUAUCGGAUACAAUACUCUCUACAAAUCUGGAAUGUUACUUCAGGAUUGGCUCGCGUCAUCGCCUAAACCAACGAUAGGAAGUGUAGUUGAAAGCAUCUGCCGCUUCACUUAGCUGCGAGGCGGCUCGGUUAGAAAGAGUACUAGAUAAGUGCGGUAGAUCGAUCGACGAAGUAGUCAAUUUUUAUCAAUUUAUGUGGUUGGGAUGUGUUACGUAUACCUAGCCACCGCCUACCUCGACGGGCGAAGUUCUCUGGUGCAAGGUUGCCUGCAAGAAGGCUAGGGGCGGUCAAGUCAAAACAUUGCAUCAGUCCGUGAAGUCACUGACAACUGGAUUGAACUGCGUUGAUAGGUACAGACUACCUGGUUGGGGUUCACGUGAUUGUCGUAACCAGUAGUUAGAGACCUUGAAUGAUAUGGCUCGAAAUCGUUUGCAAUGGCUCAGAUGCAUCCAUUCUUCGUCUUUCCCAAAUCCUGAGCUUUUAACUUCCUCAUAACUUUUUGCUUUCAUUUCAUUAAUUUAUGUUUCCUUUUCGUGAAUUCCUAUUACCACUGAUAUUGUAACUACCUCUACUAUUCUGAGAUUUGGUCUGACUUCACUUUUCUGUGCUAAUCGGGUAUCGGAACCUGGACUGAUGUACAUGCGUAUAGGUUCUAUGUUGUGAUUGAAUAACCAUACACAAAGGACCACUCAGUUUUAGAAAAUGAAAAUUGUAAUCAUAAGGAAGGAUAAUUUCCGAUGACCCCCAACAUCGACUCAACACAGACCUCGUCUUUAAAACUCGAUUCACGACUACUGCUUCUCCAACGCACAUGUUCUCACACUCCAUCCUGAAGUGUAAACACGCGUUUGUCUGUGACUUGCCGGGCCCAUAAAAGUCACAGAAGGAAGACCCUUUAAAACUAAUUCUGAAAAAAUGGUCAGAAGUACAGUUUACGAACAAUAAACUAAGCACUUAGUCGACCGUGUGGGUUAAGUUUAUUCUGAGAGGCUUGAUGUAAUAUCCAAACAGUUGUAACAACAGCACUGUUGUGUACUUGUGACUCAAACUAGAAGCUUAGGAAAGAUCAAUGGAGUUCAGGGGUUUCAAAUAAAUCAACGGAUUCUCGACAUCUCAUACUAACCGGCACCGAAACACGAGGAUGAGAAACAGUUUGAAUGCAGACUGACAAAUAUUUUAAGCAACGAUACCCAGUAGUGAUGGGGAACGAAAGUCACAUAGGCGAAAGGGUAAUGCCAAUACGUCGCACUAAAUUACUGUUCCAAAUCGUCGAGAAUACGUUUAGUGGAAUUCAGCUACGAGCUAGACUAUUUCGGAACCAUAGUUCACUCAUUCCAGGAGGUUAGGUCGGUUAGCAGAACACUUAGUAACAGUUUAACCGGGUGCCAGUUAUCCAUAAUCUUCAAGCAGUGUGGAUGGGAAAUUGGCACAAGUCCCAUAACUGAGAUCGAGGCCAUUUCCAAUUAGAAGGGAGGAAGAGUGGCAAAACUAGAUAGGUUGGUUCUGGAAGUCCUUAAGAAUGAUUAUACAGUCUUAUAUGUUAAGUUGACUGAUAUAUCAGUUAGAGCGCGAUCUAUGAAAUUGGGAGGUACGUGUAGGUUGGAGAUCCAUGAUGUCAUCGCAAUCAGUUG